UACAUGAAAUCGCAUAUCACCACUCGUUCGAUCUGCCAUCUGCCCCAAUCUCGUUAUCAAUAGCCAUCGGAAAAAUCUCGCACGAAUCUCUCUGUUUUCUCCGAAUUCAGAUCCGACGAUGAACGACACGGAUGUCUCCAAACAGAUUCAGCAGAUGGUCAGAUUCAUCCGCCAAGAAGCGGAUGAAAAGGCCAACGAGAUCUCCGUUUCCGCCGAGGAAGAAUUUAACAUCGAGAAGUUGCAAUUAGUGGAGGCAGAGAAAAAGAAGAUCCGACAGGAGUAUGACCGCAAACAGAAGCAAGUUGAAGUUCGAAAGAAAAUUGAAUAUUCCAUGCAGCUCAAUGCUUCUAGGAUCAAGGUUCUUCAAGCACAGGAUGACUUGGUUAGUGCUAUGAGAGAGGCAGCAUCAAAGGAUCUUUUGAAUGUGAGCCAUCACAAGUUUCAACAGCAUCAUAACUAUGAAGGACUGUUGAAAUCUCUCAUUGUCCAGAGUUUACUCAGACUGAAAGAACCGUCUGUGUUAUUGCGUUGCCGAAAAGAAGACAAGCAUAUGGUGGAAUCUGUUCUGCACGAUGCAAAGGCAGAAUAUGCAAAGAAAACGAAAGUUCAUGAACCUGAGAUCAUAGUUGACACCAUCUACCUUCCAUCGGCCCCUUCGCAUAAUGAUCCUCAUGCUCUCUCCUGCUCUGGAGGUGUAGUUUUGGCUUCCCGGGAUGGUAAAAUUGUGUUCGAGAAUACGCUUGAUGCUCGUUUGGAUGUUAUAUUCCGUGGGAAACUUCCAGAGAUCCGCAGGCUGUUGUAUAGCCAGAUAGCUGUUUAAGGAGGAUGGUGAUAUCUUGUAUCUAUCUAUCUAUUCGUUCCAGGCUUGUUGAGAAGAACCACAAUCGGAUGAUUUCCAGUGUAAUUCAUGUUUUCUCAGGUCGGUCAUCGUCGUGUUUUUAAGUAUUUAUGUCGUUGCGAGUCUUUGCUUGGUGGACGUCCGUUUGAGCCAAAGCCAUGGCAAAGGACAGCACAACCCAUUUGUUUGAAUAAAUAAACGUUCCUGUAUUACAUAUUCUGUAUUUUAUUAAGAAUUUUGUCACUCGAUUUCUGUCGAUGAAAAUGUAACGUCGAAACCUUGUUUGAACAUUUUACGUUUUAAGACGAUCGCCUAUUUUCUGUUUGUAA